AUGUGGCGCGACGAGACUGGCGCGCAGCACUCGUCGUUCUUUAAGGCGCACGACGGCAAGGAGCAAGGGAGGAGCAGCAGCGGGUUCAUCGACCGGCUGGAGCUCGACGGCUCGCCGGUGGCCCCGCCUCUGUCCGCAGGCUCUUCCAUCCUUCGCAGCGGCGGGUUCAAGCUGCUUCUGGCGGAAACACGGAGCUGCAAGGGGAAGGACGAGGACGAGUUUCAUCUCACGAUUGACGGCGUGGUGGACAUGGGCAUCUCGGCGCGCGUGGCGCAUCCGCUCAUGCAGACGGUUAUGGAAGCCCAGGCCCAUUUCAACGUGCACAUCGCCCGGCUCAAUCACACGAGUGGCAUUCAUGGCGUGCUGGGUCAGACCUUCCGAGCCGAGGAAUCCCGCAAGGUGCGCUCGCUGCGGUACCGCCUGCUGACCCGCCUGCUGCGCGAGGCAGUGGAGGUGGAGAGCGAGAGUGGCAGAGGAUUCCUGGAUGGGCGCACAGAGGACUACAUCACCUCGGAUAUUCGCUCCGCGGAUUGCAUGUAUGCUGCUGCGUGGCGGAGGGGGGAACACGAGAGCACCGAAGGAAGCGACAUCAUGUGA